AUGGCCUACCAUUCUUCAGCUUUUCUUAUUCCUCUCCUUCUAUUUUCUUUCCUUUUUCACUCAUAUGCCCUGACUCCCCAUCUCCAAGUACCUGACAAAGUAAUUGAUGCCCUUUGUGAUGAAAUUGUGAACCCAGAGCUUUGCAAAACCACUCUAAAAAAUUUCACAAUAAAAUCCCAAGUGGCAGAUAGGCAUGAACUUGGUGUAAUCACAGUUCUCUUAGCAACUACACAAGCAAGAUUAACCAGAAAUGGUUUCAAAGAAAUCCUACAAAAUGAGAAAGAUGAUGCAACGAAGAACUAUUUGUUGAAUUGUUUGAAUGAUUAUACAGUAACAUUGGACAAGCUUAGAGCUGCCGAUUUGCUAUCCAACCAGAAGGAUUAUAAGGGUAUGAUCAAAUUGGUGAAUGAAGCCGUGGAGAUGUCAAGAAACUGUAGAGAUGGUUUCAAAAAUUUGCCAAGCCACCCAUCUAAAGCCUUGGAAGAAAAUUACCAGAAAAUGGUAUGGCUCAAUGACAUGGCACUCAUCACUCUUCAUGUUCUUGGUGGGUGA